UUCGCAUCAACACUCAAGAAGUAAAACUCCAGAGAGCUUCCGAAUGCAUUGAGCUGCAUGUCUCCUCCAUGUUUUGUUUACAUACACGACUUCACGCUACGUACACACGUGUGUAAAAGCGACCUUCACUGGGGAAAUCCAGGUCACAAAAGGCUGUGGCAUCAAAUGGCUAGCCAGCAGAUUUCCUGUGUAUCAAUAUGAAUUGUGUGAUUUUUCUCGUAGGUUUUCUCUUACAGCGUGUCAACGGACAAAAUUGGGAAUUGAAGUUUAUGGAGCCACAUGAAGGAGGAAAUCUGCUGUUAUCGGAGGGAGAAGAGCGAAUUGUCACGUACAACAUCACUGUGCACAGUUCCGAAAGCUCAAGCAUUUAUAUGAUAUCGACAAAUACCAAAGUGGUUGACAUUAUCGGCGGAAUAAACCAUAGUGUUACCGGAGGGGUUUCUGUGAUACCCAAUGUUACGGUUCGGGGUAUUUUUCUCGGACGUGCCUCUCUGACAUUCCAGGUGAACAGAAAACUCAAUGGCACAGUCUCGUCGACACGGACUAAGGGAGGCAACUCGUGGUAUGAAUUGCCGGUGGUUUUGGACGUGGUGGUGAAAAAAUAUGAGGGUGUUCUGAACAAAAUUUUCCAGGGUUCAGUGAUAGUGCUGGUUUGUGUGGCUAAUAUAGCAAUGGGAUGUAAAACAGAUGUACAGGUGGUCAAGACAACGCUUCGGACACCCAUCGCACCACUGACUGGCCUCGCGUCACAGUUCAUCCUUAUGCCACUGAUAUCGUUCACAGUGGGAUACCUGCUACAGCUUACACCACCCAUGGCAUUCGGUCUGUUUGCCAUGGGUUGUUCCCCGGGAGGAGCGGCCAGUAACGUCUACACUUAUUUCCUUGACGGGAACGUUUCGCUAAGCGUUACCAUGACUUUCGUUAGCACCAUUGCGUCUCUGGCUCUCAUCCCUCUCUGGCUGUUCACCCUCGGAAUCCAUGUCAUCUACAGGACAGAAACCGUCACCAUCCCUUUCGUCAAUAUUGUCAUCUCGCUUGUCGGCCUCAUCGUCCCGGUGGGUAUUGGCAUCGUCAUACAGAAAAAACUGCCAAAGGUGGCUGAAUUCCUCCUCAAACUUCUACGAGUUGUAGCUGUGAUCUUCUGUAUCCUGGUUUUCACGAUCGGUAUUUAUGCCAACCUCUAUAUAUUUAGGUUGAUGACGCCAUUGAAUCUACUGGCGGGCGCUCUAUUACCUUACAUUGGUUUCAUAUUCGGCGCCGUCAUGGCGUUUGCGACAAGACGCAACAAGAGAGAUAUUUUGACAAUCGCCAUAGAAACAGGAAUACAGAAUUCUGGGGUGGCUAUAGUCCUGCUUCAAAUGUCCCUCCCUCAUCCGGACUCCGAUAUCGCCAUUGUUUCCCCUGUCAACUGCUCUCUCUUUACACCCAUUCCCGUCGUCAUAGCAAUAAUCAUACACGUCAUUAGAAAGAAGUGGUUCCGGAAAGACGAGGUCAAGGACACAAAACAGGAAGUAGGAUCUGGGAACGAGGAUGGUGAUCAAAAUGUGCCGGUGACGUAUCACUACAAGUCUAGAGAAGCUGAGGAGGAGGAAGAGGAUGGAGAACAUGGAGAGGGGACCAAUGGGCACCAUCUCUUAAAAAAGAGCUGAAAAUGAGAAUUUAAAUGAUACCCAGAGGUACAGGUAUGAACAUAAGUAGCUAUACCAUAACUAACGAGUAACGCGGUAUCCAGACCAGAUUACGGACCCUGAAACAAUGUCAGAUGGAAUGAUUUUGUUCCGUUUGGACUAACACACAAUUAUUUAUAAUUGAUACGCUAUUUAAUGAUAUCCGCGUGUCAAUGUUAACACUUGUCACCGUAUCCUUGUGAUAACUUUUGGUCACAACGAAAUGCGCAUGCCUAGUAACUGACGAAGUAUCACCCUAAUAAACAAUUAUACGUCAUGGGUCGAAGUGAGCCUUUCUGGAGGAAGCGUCCUUGUUGGCUUAGUUCAUAGUAUUUGUCCACGUGACCAACUUCCUGACUUCGCUAACGCUAGGAGUGUAGGAGUAUGUAUGAUCACUCAGGUUUGGUGGAAGAUCACGUGACGUAAGGUCGUAAUCUCGUGUAAAAGUUAAUGUCAGAUUCCCUGUAAGGUUGUUGGCGAAAAUGCUUUAAUUUUUUUUAUUGCCUCGCUUUCCAUAACCCCUCAAAUCUUUACGUUACAAAUCUAUUUCAUAUCGUUCCAACCGUAUCAGUCUGGGAUGGGAUGAAAUACUAUUGCCAUAUAUUGCCUUGCAUUUUGAAGCGAAUCGUCUGCUCCGUUCGAAUAUUGACAAUACCAUUUUGAUAUUUUCAUUAAUUCUAGAAUAUAAGUGUUCAGUAAUUGUUUUUUUCAGUAAUUAAUUCAGAUUGGCGCAGUAUGUGUGUUAAUUACUCGUAUAGAAGGAUAGCCUGUUUCACGGUGUUUUGGUAGUCUCCGGUGCUGUUCCUUGUAACCUCUAACUUCCAUCCGUAUGAGGUAUAGCUGAUUCCUCCGUCACGACGUCAAACAGAAUAAAACAAAAAAAAAACAAUUAUUUUAUAUCUGAAAGGUUGAUGGUAGAAAUAAACAACCUUUUUUGUUGACGAGAACCUAAUCAGCACCACCUUAUAGUUAAGGAUGAAUCUCAUACGCCAUGUAAGAUUGUUGGACGUGUAAUCAAUAAUAUCAAUUUAACACGUGCUUUUUACGGAUAAUCCGCAUUAUACCCGCUAUUGUUGUGUUGUUCAGAUGGCAGCUUUGUCAAUGUCUACCAAUGCCAAUAAUGUGUUCCAUGUUGUUGUUUUUUCUUGUAUUUUUUUCUUUAAAUAGUUCCGAUAGGGAAAAAUAUGUUUAUUUCAAUUGUGAUGUAAAAACUCCAUACGAAGCUGGUAUUCACAUCAUUCGAAAGCUGACUUAAUUGUGACUUUAAACCUUCUGCAACUAUUUCAUAUACUUCUAUUGAUACUACAGUUAUCUGAGUAUAAAAAACCCCACCUUAGUAUAAAAAAAA